GAUAAAAUGAGGGGACGAGCUCGUUCGUACUGCACAAUGUGCGAUGAACGCGAAAUGUUCCCUUCACCAAUUCAUAUGCGCAACUUGCAUCCAUCUCACCUUAGUCAGUACUCCAUUGGAAGGGAAACAGCAUCCGUCAACAACUUCUCCAGUUCCAUGUCAACCUUACCCACAGCUUCCGAAAGGUCAAGGGAUGCGAUGAUACCACGUUCGAGACCGUUGCUCAGAGGACAUGCAGUAUCGACUGUCAAUCCGAGGAUGCUGACAGUAAUCAGUGGAGAUCCUCUGGAUCGUCGCCAUGGCCGAAGCUGUGAUCUGCCAGCGCCAAGCGACGACGACAAACCCGACAAGUUUGAUAACCCGAUAGCGCAGGUGUCGUCGGAUAUUCUCCGUGUCUCCGGAUACACACAACAAUUCCGUACUCUACUCACUGCUCGCUUCUCCCCAAGACGGGAAUCCGUUCCGAAUGUACAUUUGGAGACUACGGAAACUGAAUCGCCAGAUGAAAAAUAUGUGAAUGGUGGUGUGCGCUUCGAUACAGCGAUAAGUGAAGAGGCCACCAAAGUCGUCACUGCUCCGCGGCCAAUUCGGCGUCGUCAAAGUGGCUACGGUAUCUCCAUUUCAAGCGACAGCACCGCAAAAAUGAGAUGCCGAAUGCGAAAGCAGUUAUUUAUACAGCGAAAUAAGGUUUGCGAUCUGUCGCUGAUUUUGGGCAUUGCUGGUCUACUCUUUGUCAUUAUUGAUGCCGAACUCACAGCACUUUCACCGAAUACUCAUAUCACAAAGGGUCACAAUGUAUCGUUAUUCUUACGCUCCUUAGCCGUGCUCACAACAAUUUGCCUCAUGUGUUGUCUCAUUAACUACCAUGCCAUAGAAGUAAAAAUAGCAUUGAUUGACUCGGGCGCCGAUGAUUGGCGAGUAGCAGUUAGUACGGAACGGAUUAUCAAGCUCUCGAUGGAGUUAGCAAUAUGUGCUGUGUGUCCAUUUCCAGGCUCUGGGACUAUUCGAUGGCCUUUUAUCUCGCCAGAAACUCGCCGUGUCAAAAUGGUUGACGUACCCAUUGAUGUACUGCUGUCCGUUCCCAUGUUUCUACGAUCCUACCUUCUUUGUCGAUUUAUGGUCCUACACAGCAAGCAGUUCCAGGAUGCUGCCACUCGUUCGAUAGCGGCCCUGAAUCGUAUUUCAAUGGACUUCCGGUUUGUUAUCAAAACGAUGAUGGCAGAUCAUCCGUUGCGAGUUCUGAUCGUAUUCACUGUAUCGUAUUGGAUCUGUAUGUCAUGGAUGUUUACGCAGUGUGAAAGGUACGAUGGCAAACUAGAUGUUGAGCACUACUAUCUGAAUUCAAUGUGGUUCAUCAUGGUUACGUUCAUGUCUAUCGGAUAUGGUGACAUCGUGCCAAACACCUACUGUGGAAGGACCCUUUCUAUAACGACCGGAAUUGUGGGUGCUGGAGUCUCAUCAGCGCUUAUUGCUGUCAUCUCAAGAAAGCUGGAGCUGAGCCGAGCAGAAAAACAUGUGAAUAACUUCAUGGCAGACUCUAAGCUGACUAAUCAACGAAAAAAUGCCGCUGCUUCAGUGCUGCAGGAAACCUGGUUCAUCCACAAGUACAAGAAAGCGCUGCACAAAGGCGAUGAACUACGCCUUCGUCAACAUCAGCGACGUUUCUUGCACUCUAUCAACGAGUUUCGACGAAUAAAAUGGGAUCAGCGCAAACUUCAAGAGAAAGGAAACUCUUUGCUUGAUGUUGGAAAGCUUCACUCCGACAUGCAUGAAACUCUAUGGGAGAUGCAUCGAGCUCAAGAUCACUUCAUUUCCCAAAUCGACAUGCUCACCCAGAAGAUCGCCGAACUUCAGCAGACACUUUCACAACAGGCCAUCACCCCACAAAGCGCCUUAGUAGCGUGCUGUUCGCAACCGCUCCCGCCUCCAACUCCGAUGAACGAGCUUCCGCUCCAACCACUGCUCAACUCCAGCGCCAGCAUACCUCGCAUCUCUCUGGGAAACAAUGGUUUUCAUCACAACAAUAACGGAUCGCUGAGCAACGGUUGCAUGAUACCCGAUUCGAAGCUGUACAGUCAGUGUCAGGUCGAUCAACGCGCACAGUGUCCAACAGGAGGCAUGUACGCAACCGUUACGACACCAUUGAUGCACUCAUACGAGGGCGUUUGAACUAAUCCGCUGAUUUCUUAAUCUACGAUACGGUCAACAAAUCGGGUUAUGUAUCGGCUGGUUAAGCACAUUCCGAGUGAUGCUGAACAAGUUGUGUUAUGCGUUACGAGAGGAGCAGCUUCGGACACACGUAGCGAGGACGACAGCUUCACUGUGCUCCACAGUUCGCAGUGAUGAUAUUACCCAAGUGCAUUGAUUUGUAACGGGCGUAGUAGAACUACUAUAUGAAAUGGCAAAUUAAACAAAUUGGAGUUGUUUACCCUUUAAAUAUGUGUGAACUUCGUACGUAGGAAAAGAUAAUUUGAACUCUAUAGAACUGGUCAAAAAUCGUUGUUAUCACAGCUAUUAUGGGUAAUAUUCGGUUCAUUAGUUUUAUCGUCGAUGAUUUUGUAUUAAACUUGGACGAUAUAGACUACUCUACUUGUACGGUUCUUUGAACUUGAAAAUAUCUGUAACCCUCAACUGACUCUGAUAUGACACAAGCUCCUUAUGUCGCUCAUCUGACUCUAUAUAUUGUGUACCCCUCAUAUUCUACAGACUGCAACCUAAGGUAAAGUUCCUGGUUUCAAGCACAAAUUUCCUACUAUCCAACAAUCCACUGGUCACCUUGUACAUACAUAUCUCAACAACAUCUCAAUGUUGAACUAACGUGUCCCUUGUAAUUCUAGUCAUCACAAUCGCAGAUUUGAUUUAUGACCAAAUACAUUGAGAUUACAUGCGUGUUUUCUAACCAAGUCAAUCCAUGUGAUGAAGGUUGAUUAUCUAAUUAGCGCACACUAAGAAUUGUUUUUUUGGUACACUACUAUGUUGUUACGUAUGAUUGAAUAAAAUUAC